GCUACAUGGUACCUCAGAGCACAUGUUGGAAGGUACAAGGUCUUUUAUUUACUUUGUCGACUCUAAGGCAUUUUUUCAAAAAACCCAUAGCCUAUGUCUGCUCUAAAGUUUGAUGUGAAUUUUCAAAAGUAAUUAGUAAAGGCCGGAAAGUUCCUAUUAAAAAAAAUCCACUGCAAAUGGAUUCUUAUCUGAUAACAACCAGACUCUGGCUGGCCAAAAUCUGCACAAGUACAAUCCCCAUAUUGAUGAAGUACUUACAGCAGGAAACAAUUUUCAGUGACACGCAGACAGAGAUACAAAUGACAGAAUUAUUUCAACACCAAACCGCUCCACACCUAAUGCCGAAAACGUGUAUAAGUGGAUGGUUCCCGUUGCUCAUUCCACCUGCACCAGCAUCCGCUCUGCAGUCAAGAUGAAACUCACCGUUGUGACCACCGUCCUGCUCGGACUCUUGCUGACUCCAGCCCUCGCUGAAUACUUUCAGAACCAGCAAGUCACCAGGGAAAUCAGAGUUAAUGGCGGCGUCCAAAUCCUGAGCAUCAACAGGGAAUUGCGUGUGGUCAUUGUCGAGCAAAGGAGCGAAUUUGGGACAUGGAAAACCAUUUGGAACUUCAACACGGGCUUUAUUGCAACCGAACUGAUGUCCGAAGGAAUUUGCCUCAUUUCCACAAUGAACAGAAACCUUCUGCCCACCUUUGAGACAUUCCCCACAGUGGUUCAGGGCUUCCAGGGUCUGAAGGGUCAAAUACAACCGACACGUGUGAUCACAUUCGUCCUCGGCCAGAGAGUUGUCCCUGACCUCAGGAUUUAUGGACCUGACAUCUUCAACACCUGCAGAGAGUCCACAACCGUACUGGCUUCUCCAGUUCCUGAACUCCAACUCCAACCCAUCUACAACGAAGGAGCCUGCACUAGACUCAACGUCCUGAACCUUGUGCAGCUGAACUACUGCCGUACCAACGUCAACAUCAAGGUCUGAAAAUCUCACCUUUCUGGAAACACUUAGGGAUGCUCGAUCGCUGCUGCACAAAGCCAACCCCGAUGCUGUUCUGCCCUGACAUCUCCUCUGCCAAGAACUCCCUUCCUCAUGAUUCUAAUGCUGAAACAGGUCAAUUGUUGACCACAACUUUCAAUAAAGCGCCUUAGCAUGGAUUAACUCUGGCUACUUUCUUGUUGCUGUACCCUCCAUCAUCUAUGAGCACAUCCAGAAACAUAGUUUGAUUGUACCUACCCCUUUUGAGCCCUUCAAAUGCUCUUUCAAAAGCCUGAUCUUGACACAGGGCACAACCACAGGGGUGGGCGAGCAUCAGAGUGUGGCCAUUACAAAUAAGA